AUGGGUUUCUUACAACUUGGCGAAGUGGCAGAAUCUAAUGAGUGUUACAAGAAAAUACUUACUACACAGGCAACCAAUAUCGAAGCCAUUGCCUGUAUCGCCACUAAUUGCUUCUAUGAUGACAAACCGGAAAUCGCAUUGUGCUACUAUCGACGCAUGGUGCAAAUGGGCGUUAACAACGCCGAACUCAUGAUGAAUAUUGGACUGUGCUGCUUUGCGUGUCAACAGUUCGAUUUUGCCUUAUCGUCAAUUCAAAGAGCCCAUUCAACGGCAACGGAAGAAAUCGCAGGCGAAAUAUGGUACAAUACAGGACAUUUAAUGCUGGCAAUCGGCGAUACUCGACAAGCAAGCCGUUGUUUUCGAUUAGCACUCGCUGUGGACUCCGAACACGGUGAAGCUAUGGUAAACUUGGGAAUUCUGCAACAAAUGGAAGGAAAACUCGACCAAGCACGUUCACUCUAUCAUUCAGCGAUAUCCAAAUCGCCUCAUCUAUUUGAGCCUCACUUCAAUCUUGCCUUACUAUGUACUCAGGUUGAUUUCAUUCUUUUACAGCAUCAGGUAAUAGUAGGUACUCCCAUAGUCGUCGUUCCUCUAACUUAA